GCGAAAUAGUAAUGGUUUAUUGAAUGCCGUUGUACAAAUUAAGUUGUCCAUUAUUUUCGUUACUGUUUUUACAUGAUUAUGAAAUUAUACAAGAAGUAAAGGCCAAUCAGUCAAAGCAGAGCAAUACUCAAACAAAGCAUCAAAGCACAACACGCGCAAAUGGAGCAACAGCCACAGAAAAGCGCAUUUCACGUCUCAAAGUUGUUUGUCUGCACUCCUGUCGACUGCAAAGAUGACGUUGAAGAGAAAUUUGAACGGUCGCACGCUAAUCUGCAGCAACAAAUUGCGGGCCUCAGUGAUAAGGAAAUGCACGAGAUGCUCUCACAGUUUGUUUGCAAGGAGAAACAGCACGAUGAGAUAUCAGUUGGAUUCUUGUACAUAAUGCUUACUGAGCCGGCAAUGGCACCCAAGACAUAUCGAGACAUAACGCUUGUGUCCAGAGAUGGUAUGAACGCAACUGUGUCAAAUCUCUCUCUAUUGAUUGCAGAGAAGUACGCAAAACUCACGGAAGUUGCACGGCGGCAACUAAUCUGGGUAGUACGUGAAUUUGUAAAGCAUCAAGUAAUCAAUGUGGAGAACGUGAUUUGGAAUUGCCUGCGGCAAGCGGGUGGGGGUGAUGUCUCUCAUAGAAAUCUCUAUCUGGUUGAGAGCCUUUUGGAUAUUUUCAUAGAGUACAAGCCUUGGCUGGAAACCAUUCCAUUUCUUGUGCAGUCCGCAGUAUACAAUUUCGUACGACUCAUCGAAGAUCAUGCGAAUCCCGCCUUAAUAGCAUUACGUCAAAAGGAAGUUAAGUUUACAAUAUCGCUAAUAAGGGAUCGUUUUCAUGAUAUUAUACCGCUUGGCAGAGACUUUGUGCGCUUGCUGCAGAAUGUGGCUCGCAUUCCGGAGUUCGAGCACUUAUGGCGUGAUAUACUUUAUAAUCCGAAAAGCUUACAUCCAACAUUUAAUGGAAUUUGGCAUUUAUUGCAAAUACGCACCAGUCGUAGGUUUCUGCAGUGUCGUUUGCUACCCGAAAUGGAACGAAAGUUGCAUUUUCUGGCAUCAAAUGUUAAAUUUGGUAACCAGAAACGAUACCAAGAUUGGUUUCAGGACAAAUAUUUUGCUACACCCGAAUCACAUAGUCUUCGCUCGGACCUUAUUCGUUUUAUUAUAAAUGUAAUUCAUCCCACAAAUGAUAUGCUUUGCUCCGAUAUUAUACCACGCUGGGCAAUUAUCGGUUGGCUAAUAUCAUCAUGCACAAAUCCAAUUGCUUCGGCAAAUGCCAAGCUCUCGCUGUUCUACGACUGGCUAUUUUUUGAUCCUGCCAAAGACAACAUUAUGAACAUUGAGCCGGGCAUUUUAGUAAUGUACCACUCGAUCAGAAAUCAUCCAUUCGUUAGCAGUACGCUGCUUGAUUUCCUUUGUCGCAUUACAAAAAAUUUUCAUUUAAAGAGCGAGGAUAAAAUACGUCUGGGCGUAUACAAUUCUCUCAAGUUGAUACUCGAUAAACAGGUCAUUCCAAACCUACAACCUCUAUUCGAAUCGCCAAAACUUGAUCGUGAGUUACGCAAUUUAAUACGCGAAAAUUUCAGAGAAUUUGUGACACCCGUCGCUAAUAUGCCACAGCCCAUGUAUCCAGCGACACAUUCUAUACAAGCGCCAAUCUUCAAGAAAGAGUCUGACCAGCGUAUGAUGCAGAGCGAAAAUACAGAUAUUGGUGGUAUAGGCUUUGUUCACAGCAGUGCCAACAUAUCUGGCCUAUUAGUAGAUGAAGACAACAAAUUAGCAGUUACGCCAAUAGAGAGCACAGAACGGGACACCGAUGCGGUAUUUAGCGACGAAGAGAAUGCUGAGAAUAUAGGUAGAGGCAACAAGAAUGAUGAGAACACAGAUGACGAUGAUGACCUGCCACUUUCCAAAGUGCGUCUUAAAGAGAAACCAGUGCCGGAGAAAUUGGAUCUGCCAGUAGCAAUAUCGGAAUCAUUCGAAACAUUUGUUACCAAACGUAACUCCUUUACAUGGGAAGCGUUUUUGAAAGACUUUCGCCCACUACCUGCCUCAGCUUUAGACGAAGCUCAGCUCAAUUAUGUGAUCUCAAAUACGGUACUGAUUCUACGCGAAACAUUGCCACAACAGAAUGUAUUCUCGGAAAGCAAAACAGAGGAGAAAUUUUUGGCAAAGAGCAUUAGUUAUCCGCUAUACGGUUUAUUUCGGUUUCUCUACGAGAACGAGGACAAGAGUAAAAAGCCUUUCCAAACGCUACUAUCCGAGAUAUGCGAUCGUUUAACUGAAACUGGCUAUCUGUUGCUCUACUUCAUGAAGAUUCAUUGUAAGCUGCAGACUCGUAAAAAUGCGCAGCAAUCAUAUCAGUUCAAAACGGCAGUCUAUAGACAAAUUUGUGAAGCGAUGGAUGAAAAAGUUGGCACUUGCCUGGCGCGAGACCUUGAUUUACUUGAAAAGCAGAACACAUCCUUUUACUUAUGGCUUCUGCCCGACAUCUAUCGAGAAUUCAAAUCUAUUGCGAUUAAUAACAUGGAACUUUUGCGUAUUACUUUGCGUUGCAUUGAUGCCAAAAAUCUGCGCGACAUUAUGUAUUCGGUGGCUCAAGGCAAACUGACAAUGCUUAAGCAUGACGGUCUGAUUGAAUGUAUUCGAGAUAGUCUAGAGUAUGAGACAUUUGAACAAGUUUGUCUUUGGCAACUAAUUCAGGCGCAUGAUGUGCCCCUCAAGUGUAUACAGGAUCUACUACCGGAACUUGAAGCUGCUAAUCAUCCAGAAGCGCUAGGCCACUUGCUGUUACUAUUAAAAAAUGAGGAGCCAACAAAUGAAAUAAUUAGACUAUUGCUUAGUCGGGACGCCAAGUCUAGAGGGGAUUCUUUUGUUACCUCUGCUUUAAGGUUUUGGUAUCAGCGAUGGGAAGAGAAGCUUUCCGAGCUGCUUGCAUCCCUACUCACAUCAAAAUAUCCCAGUUCGUCUCCCAACAAACGAAAGCGGUCCAAAAGUACUUCCGCUGCCAGCAGCACACCAUCCGCUGAAAAUGUAUUAAACCAUUUAGAGCAUUACAGAAGAAGCUGCAGGCAUGGUUCCGGCACAGGACUUUUCGUUCAUGAGCCAAUGCAGCGAGCGUUACAAUCGGCAUAUUCACAUAGUAAUGAAAGCACAAAGAAACAAUUCAGUGAUCUGUUUUCCUUGGCUGCGGAAGAUGAAACCACAGCCGUUGGUCGUCGAGGCGGCAGUGGGCGUGGUCGUAAACAACCGGUUGGGAAAAAGGACUCAAAUAACCACAGUGCGGGGAAUAAAAAGAAUUCGGAUGCGGUGAAAAUAAUAUUUUCAUCUGAUGAAAACUCUAGUGAGGAGGAUUGGUCAAAACUAAAAGUAACACAGGCAGCAAAGAAGAGAAAAAAAGCAGUCAAUGAUUCCGACUGACAGUGUUACUUUGAUUUCAUAAAUAAUAUAAAACAUGAAUAUGAGUUUUUGGACGAA